ACCAAACUCCUUUUUUCCCCAACACAAACCCUACUCGCUGCUCGCUACUGCCCUUCCCAUCUCCUCUACUUCGUCUCGACCGGGGGGAGCUCACCCUCUCCGUAGCCCUCUGUAAUUCAUCUUCACCUCUAACACCUAAUCGUAAGGUUCGCGACGCGCGGCACCAGCGGCUCAAGUAACUUGUUCUACCGUGUCUUCUUCUGAGAAUCAUUGAGUAGAGAUUCUUCAUCUGUUUUCUCAGUACUCUGCAUUUUCACUCAUAGCAAUGGCUAACGUAGAGGUAGAGGCGCUGGACUUUGAGCCCGAGGACGACGAUCUGAUGGACGAAGAUGCUGAUGCUUCCCCCAGGGGUCCAAUUCCCAGGAUCAAGUCCACUAUUGGCGACUCCUCUGCACCAAAGAAAACAAAGGGCCGCGGCUUCCGCGAAGAGGCUGCUGAGGCCAAACGCAAUGCUCGUUUGUCUGCUCCCUUCGAUUCUCUUGUCUCCGACGGUGGCCCUGGUCCUGAACAAUCGAUUGAAGGAUGGAUUAUUUUGGUAACUGGGGUUCAUGAAGAGGCUCAAGAGGAUGAUAUACUUAAUGCUUUUGGUGAAUUUGGAGACAUAAAGAACUUGCAUCUGAAUCUGAACCGUCGCACUGGAUUUGUCAAGGGCUAUGCUCUGGUUGAAUUUGAAAACUUUGAAGAAGCAAAGAAGGCAAUCAGUGAGCUAGAUGGAACUGAGAUUCUCACUCAAAUCAUUCAUGUUGAUUGGGCAUUUAGCAGAGGCUCGUUCAAGAGGAGGAACUCACGGAGAUCACCUCGAGUUCAUCGUUCAAGAAGUCCCAGAAGAAGAUACUAGUCUUCUAUGUUUGUUUAGUAAUUGAUUUUCUUUUCUCACAUGAAAAUUACUUUGACAUUUUUCUUUUUGUCACAGUAAUUACUUUCUCUCUACUAUUUCUGAAGUACUCACAAUUAUUUGCAGUCUCAUGGGUGUGGAUGUUUUUUUAUUACUUCAAAGAGUUUUUUUUAAAAAACACCAUUUUAUAAGAAAAAAUAUCCAGUUUU